AUGGUGUGGAAAUUAAGGGAGGGUGAUGAAGGUAUUUCUGUUGGACGAACUGCUCCUGAUUAUGGCUCUAAUUGUGAAUUUUUCACCAUCAAAAUGCACCAUUCCGAAAACAUUAACUAUUUUGAUUAUUGCAAUGAAGACGAGAUAUCUAUGAUUGAGAUAAUUGAAAUGGCCAAAGAGUUGGGAUUGAAUGGUACAGUUAACUUCUUCCAUAAUAGGGGUGGUGGGAUAAAUGACUGUAACAAUGUAGCAAUAAUGAAACAUGACAUCGAUGCAAUGGCUUUAGUCAACUUUAUUGAUGGUGAAAGAGUAGCUGAAAUAUAUGUACAACAUGAAGUAUUAAGUGAAGAUAAACCCGAGAAUGGGAAAAAUGAAACAACAGGUGGCUCUUUUCCGCAGGUGGAUGAACCAGUGGGGUAUAUUGAUUUGAAUGACAGUGGAGGUAGUGAUGUACAAUCUGUUGGCCAAGAUUCAGAACACUCUGAUUACAUAGUCGAUAGUGAGUUUUUUGAGUCUGAUGAUGAUUUCAACUAUGAUCAAUAUGUUGAUUUUGAUGGUGAAUGGGGAGGAUAUGGCGAUCCACAGUUUGAGCUUGGCCUGUACUUUUCUGAUGCAGCCACAUUUAGAAGUGUUGUAAGACAACACUCAAUUGUGCAGGGCAGAGAUAUAAAAUUUGAAAAGAACGAGAAGAACAAGGUCCAAGCUAUCUGUAAACACAAAACAUGUCUUUGGAAAAUUUAUGCAUCCCAGCUGAGAAAUGAGGCUACCUUUCAUAUUAAGACUCUGAAUGCUAUUCAUGAGUGCACUAGGAAAGAAAAGGUCACAUGUGCAACUUCCAAGUGGUUGGCAAAUAAAUAUUCAGCUCAUAUCAGGACAAAUCCCAAUUGGCCUGUGGAUUCCAUGAUGGCAGUUGUACAGAACGACUGUAAACUUUUAUUCAGUAGGUGGCAAAUGUAUAGGGCUAAAACCAAGGCUAAGCAAAUAAAUACAGGUUCUAGUGUGGAACAGUAUGGCCUUAUUUGGAGAUAUGCCUCUGAAAUUAAGGGAUUUCUUGAUGGUUGUAGGCCUGUGAUCUUCCUUGAUGGGUGUCACUUGAAGUCUGAUUAUGGUGGAAUAUUGCUAUGUGCUGUUGGUAUUGAUGCUAACAAUGGCAUGUACCCCUUUGCCUAUGCAGCGGUUGAAAAGGAGAAAAGAGAAUCAUGGUUGUGGUUUAUUGACCUGUUGAAAACUGAUCUAGAGAUAGGCAAUUGUGGUAUGUGGACAGUAAUGAGUGAUAAACAAAAAGGGUUGAUUGAUGCAGUGGAGACUUUGAUGCCAAACUGUGAACAUAGGUUCUGUGUGAUGCAUUUAUACUCCAACUUUAAAUUGUCACACCGGCGAUUAGCUCUCAAAAACAUAUUGUGGAAUGCUGCAAGAGCAUCUAGAGUUGUUGACUUUGAAAGAAUUAUGAGGGAUUGA